CAUGGAGAACCUCGACAGGCUGACAACGGCAGGCGUCGGCGUCUUCGAUCUGAAUUCCGAAUACCUAUCUCGCAAGAACUGGGCCGAAUCGCCCUUCGGAGCCCGCCAUGCAUGGCCCGCCGUUCUCAACACGCUCGUCAACUCAUGCUUGCUGCCCAUCCCUCACCCGGCCGCCAUCUUCUGGGGCAGUGAUUUAGCUAUUGCGCACAACCUAGCCUGGGGGAAAGCUCGCGGGGACAUGGACGGGCAGGGCACCAGCGCCCAUGACAGCUACUCCGAGGAAGCUCUCAGUGCCCUGUCCGUCGCCAUGCGUGGGAGAACCAUCAAGGUAGCCUACCGUUUCUUUCUGAGCAAAGACGCCGCCGACAACAUGGACGCACAACUGCUUCUCAGCACUCUUCUCGACGAGCACGGAAAGCGCCAGGGCGUGCUUGCCCAGUGGCUCCAGACGGAGAGCGAAAAAUAUCUGCCCAUCUCCGGUCUCGACGAGCACGUGGAAAACAAUCCUGCCCGCCAGACCAAGGAAACGAAACAACGGGACCAUGGUGGGGAGAAUGGGAAUGACGCGAAAGAUGGCAAGAAGCCCUCCGAUUCACGUCAGACGCAGCUGUUUCACCGCUUUGCAGAGCUUCUCCCCCACGGUCUUGCUGUUGUCGACUCCGAGGCUGAAUCCAUAUUCGUGAAUGACGCUUUUUUCAAGCUCACUACGAACAAGUCAAAGAACGAGUUCCGCGCCUGGCCCGAGAGCAUCCACCCCCAGGACUACGAUCGCGUCAUGUCAGCCUAUCGUGAAGCAUUUAGUAAUCGUGGUGAACUGAGUAUCGAGUUCCGAUGUGCGGCUGAUGCCAGAGGCGAGGCAGGCGAGUGGAGGCUAUUCAUGUUCAAGCCCUUAUCAAAGGACCCAGAGGCAGGCUACAUCUGUGCCGUGAUAGACAUAACGGAAAUCAAACAGGCUCAGAUCGCCCAGGAGAAGGCGGCCACAGAGGCGAAGGAUCGUAAGGAACAGCAAGAAAGAUUUAUCGACAUGGUGUCUCAUGAAAUCCGUAAUCCUCUAAGUGCCGUGCUUCAUCUAGCCGAAGAAAUCAAAGACUUGACCCGAGAUCUUACCGACGACCAGCACCAAGAUCUCGAGAUAGUGACUCGGGACAUUCUCGAUGCUGCAGACACGAUCCUGCUUUGCGUCUCUCACCAAAAUACGCUUGUCGAUGAUAUAUUAUCCUUCUCCAAGUUGGAUUCCAUGAUGUUGACCUUGGUUCCGCGAGAAAUCCAGCCAAAAUGGGGGUUUUCUACGGCCCUCAAGGUAUUCCAGAGCGAAUUUAAAGCAAAACAGAUCCAAUUUCAUUAUGCAAUGGAUGUAUCCUUCGACGAACUCAAAGUCGAUUACGUGGUUGCCGACCUCAAUAGAAUGAAGCAAGUGCUCGUGAAUUUGAUUACAAACGCCAUCAAGUUUACAGCAAAGAAGAACGGAGAAAGGCGCAUCACUGUUUCCUUGGGUGCAUCACCGGAGCGCCCGACUUCCUACCCACCAAAUGUUAUAUUCUUUUCCGAAGACAAAAACUCUUUUCACAUCGACUCGACCAUGACACACCAAUGGGGGUCGGGCUCGGUACUCUACCUCAUGGUGGCCGUCCGGGACACUGGCAUCGGCAUCAGCCAAGAUGACCAGGCCAAACUUUUCGGGCGUUUCAGACAAGCAACGCCAAAAACACAGGAGAAUUAUGGGGGCUCCGGCCUGGGUCUGUUCAUCUCCCGUAAAUUGUGUCAGUUGCAUGGCGGAGACAUUGGUGUAUCGUCAAAAGAAGGAGAAGGUUCCACUUUUGGGUUUUUCUUCAAAGUGCGCACAGCAAUCAGAGACAAGGAUAGGCCCACUGGAUCCCGAACUACGUCAGACAGCUCGAAUGCUGGCAGAUCAUCUACACCGAUAAAACGUCCCGGCUAUAGCCGUGCGAAUUCUGCCUUGCGUGGCAUCGAUGAAAAUAAAGAGAACACAGACGAUCGACCACAGUUUAAGACUUUAGCAAGUCACGAAGGAGUUACGCCUGAAAACGUUAUGGACACUUUGAAGAACCCCCCAACCGAGGAGAGUACGGACGCUCGUCCAUCGGUUCAUAAGGACAACCGAUAUGAAGAAACAAAAGCAGUCGCUGACAAGGUUGAUGAAAAAUCGUCUUACUUUGAACGCAAACGGACUGAACUCCCAGAUUUAACACGAGGGGAAACAACACGCCAAGAGAGUGCAGCCGAAGGAACGAUGCAAACCCAAAUAAACGAUGAAUCAAAUGAGCGUAACACUUUACUACUCGUAGAGGAUAACUUGAUCAACCAGAAAGUGCUACGACGGCAACUUCAAUCUAAGGGAUUUGAGGUAUCUGUGGCCAAUAAUGGACAAGAAGCCAUCGACGUAGUAGCCGAGCGCGGAAGAAAUGCAGAUGGUCACGAGGACUUUUUUAAUUGUAUUCUUAUGGACCAAGAGAUGCCCAUCAAGGACGGGAACGCGGCUACUCGAGAAAUACGAGGAUUACAGGCACAAAAUAAGGCGGGUCGCAGUCUCAUACUCGGCGUGAGUGCGAACGUGAGAGAGGCCCAAACCACCAGUAUGUUGGAUGCCGGGAUGGAUGCUGUCAUAAGCAAGCCGUUCAAAGUGGAUGAUCUCGUGAAGAAGAUCAGAAGUAUGCUACCUCGGGAGAACAGCGAGAGUCAGAAGAAGACUGGAUGA